UUAAAUGUAUAUACCUUUGAAAACAGAUCAGAAGACUCAGGUUCACUUUGCAGAACAUUUGUUUCAAAAGGUUUUAAAGUAUACUGUUUGCUCUAAUAAGAUGUAUAGAUGUAUAUUUAACCCGGUAAUAAGGAUGGUAUAAUCUAGGUCUUCUCAAGCACUUAUCAAAUUGUGCUAACAUGGUCAAUUGUAUUUCAAAUUUUGCAUCUGCUAUCAAUAGCACACCUUAAACAAUUUUUGUGUGUAUGUAUAUGUAAGAGCUAUUGCAUGCCUUUCCAGUAAAAGUCCACAUGUCACUAGUAUGAGUAAGUUACAUGUUACAAUAGUGUGUUAUGAAUUUUAAAUACCUAUUCUGUGUUGCUUUCUCCCUUUGGAAGAGAUAAUUAUAAUAAUAUUUAUUAUUUAAUUUAUGUUUUUAGUCAAAUUAUACAAGUGGUGCAAGUUAAAUUCCAUUGUAUUGCAGCAAAUGUAUCAACUGCGAAGAAUUGGCCUACCUGCUUCAGUGGAAGGAGUCCAAAACGAGUUCAAAAUUAACAGCGAUGCAACUCUUGUUGGACGUGGAAGCUCAGUUGACAUAUUUUUAGAUUCAAAUAUAAGAAAAGGACUUAUUUCAAGAGCACACGCCCAAAUCAUUAGGAAAACUGUCAAUGACGAGGAUAUUUAUGAAAUAUUUGAUACCAGUUUGAAUGGGACUUAUGUUAAUGAUUUCAGAAUUAAAGGCUCUCAGAUUUUGAAAGAAGGGGACAUUGUUGCAUUUGGACAUCUCAGAGGAUUUGUUAUUAAACAAGGUGAAAGAGCUCCCCAAAGGGAAACAGAAUUUUUAUUUAAAUUCGAAAAAUUUAUUAAAGAUGAAGUGGUUGACCUAACAGAAAGAAAUUUAUUACAUCCACCAGACACAAAAUCCUCCGUAUUCAUGUCACCAAGAUCACCAAAUGCUCCUGAUGCAAUCUUGCUACCUGGACUUACAUCAACCUUUCCAGCUGCAAGUGAUUCAAGGAAAAGAAAAUGGACAUGUACAGAGACUACUGUACAUCAAAAUCAUGCUUCCGACAUAAAAGAACUUAUAUCGAAUGUCACUCAAAAAAUUAACGCAAAUACGGAUGAUGAAAAUCACGAGGAUUCUUUCAAUCUUGAUUUCGACUGCGAUGUUGUUUCUGCGAAAGAAGUUCCGCCUACUGAUGUAAUUCUAUCGUCUACGAAACCUGUCCAUCCAAGAGAUAAACAUCUCUCAAAUACUUUGUCAUACGCAAAUUCACCUUCUUCGUUCGCUUCUUCGGAUAGUGACAUCAAACAUGACACUUCACUUAAUGUCAAACACGUAGAGAUAAGUGACGAUAGUACUGAAAAUGAAGAAGAAAACGAAGAAAUAGAUAAAGAACAACAAGAAGAAAUUUGUAUAAUAGAAGAAAAAAGUACAAAAGUGAAUGUAAAUAAAACUAAUAACACUAACAGGAAAAAACAAAAUAAACCAAAAAAGAAAACAGUAACAUCAAAACUUCGUGAAGUAUUACAAACCCUAAAUAAAAACAAGAAACCACGACGACAAAUCGAAGAAGAAACUGAUAGCGAUUCCUUUGACAGUGAAAGCACUCUUAGUAGCGAGGAACUCGUAGAAACGUGUAGCGAUAGCGAGAAAAGCGAAGAAAUCACCGACCAUUCUUCGGACAGCGAAUUCUUACCGAACGCAGAAGCAGUGUAUGGUCGUACACGAACACGGCAUGUAAAAUCACCAAAGAAACUACACGUCGUUUCAACGAGAAAGCAAACAUACACACACGACGAGUGUGCUGCGUGGGACUGUAAACGACCGUCAGGUGCUAUUAAAAAAAUAACUUGGGUACAAUGUGACGAUUGUGAUGCUUGGUACCAUCUGACUUGUUCCGGACUUAAAACGAAGGACGCGACAAGAGAAGAUACCUAUUUUCACUGUGGGUGUUAGUUAUGGUCCCUUGCAGGUGUUAGUUCUACUAGGGGUACUGUUUUUUUUCCAUUUUUCAUUUCAUGUUCUUUGACUAGCUUUAAUUAUUCCAAAAACUCGUAAAAAUAAUUUUAUUGGGAUAAUAUAAUUGACGAGAACCGUUUCACGCAAUAAACAAAGAGUAAUCACAUAUUUUAAAUUUCCUAACUUAUUUUAUAUGUUCUUUUUCUUUUUUCUAGUUUAUUUUAGAACUUUCAUUUGUUAUGUUAUGCAUACAUGUUUUUUUGUGGGGGAGAAACAAAGAAACGUUUUGUUUUUUUAUAGUUUUUUAACUUUGUUCUAUGGCAUGCGCUGGUACUACGGCGUCUUGGUUACUCAGCCGAAUAUUGACCAAAAUUAUUUUGAUAAUUCUAUUUCGCACAGUAUUCCUGAAAAAAUCCUGUUUAAGCCUUUUUAAAGCAUUCAUGCAAAAAGAAACUACAUGUGUAUAUUUCUUAAGCUUUAAAUCUCUUUCUUAGACCCAAUAUAUAAGCCGUUAGAUAUGAUAUUAGA